GGCUGCCAGCUCCCAAUUUUUGUGCAAACCAAAAACUGGCUCCGCUGUUUGCCAGCACAUGGCUCAAACAUAUCUGGAAAAUAUGGGGACUCCAAUAUAAGGUGCAAGUUCAUUGAGGAACGAGAAGAAAUAGUGCACCUUCAAAAGCAGCAUAGAGGAACGGGAUGGUCAAGUUGCUGUGCUGCUUCCAAACCACCUCUGGCAUGCCAGGGUGUUUAUGCAGGUCCUUGAUGCCAGUUCUUGCAUGGUGCCACAAAAUAUCCACUGGCCACAAAUGAAGGUGAGUGGAGGCCAUGAAGGUGGCUUUCUCCCAGCUUGAACCGCAAGCAGUACCACUCCUGUAAAAUGA